UUUUUAUUCUUACAUUGUUAAUAUUUAUUAUAGAAUUAUGACAUUUUCGAAUCUCAAAGAAAAAUUCAUUUGUUUUUCAAAUUCAUCUUUUUUUACGCAGUGAAUUUUAUUUAAUGAUACCUAGCUAACUGUUAGACUUAGAUGAAUUUUAUGUACAUGGAUGAGCACUUCAAGAAACUUGAAAAGUGGCUUCAAGGACUUCCACCAAAGAAGAUAAUGGGAAUUCAAAGGCGAGUUGCGGCGGCGCUUGGCUUAUACCUGUACGGCGCCACCAUCUACACCGUCAAACCCGGCCACCGUGCCCUAAUUUUCGACCGGCGAUCUGGCCUCCAAGAUAGGAUAUAUCCAGAAGGAACACAUUUGAAGAUGCCAAUUCUUCAAAGGAAAAUCGUUUAUGAUAUUCGGGCACAACCAUACGAGGUCAAAACCAAUUCAGGAAGUCGUGACCUACAGAUGAUAGAUAUUAAUGUUAGGGUUCUAAGUCGCCCGGUCGCAGAUGAAUUACCUACUAUUUAUAGAAGUCUUGGUGAAAAAUAUAAAGACAUAAUCCUGCCUUCGAUUGUGGAUGAGACUGUCAAAGCUGUGGUUGCUCAAUACAAUGCUAGCCAACUUCUCUCCCAAAGAGAGAAAGUGAGUAGCGAAAUACGAGGGGUAUUGAAAGAAAGAGCCGCCAAGUUUCACAUUGUGUUGGACGACGUCUCCAUCACUAACUUGACCUUCGGGAAGGAGUUUUCCGCAGCCAUCGAGGCCAAACAGGUAGCCGCGCAAGAGGCGGAGAGGGCGAGAUACGUAGUCGAAUUGGCCGAGCAAGAGAAGCAAUCUACCAUACUUCAAGCACAGGGAGAGGCCAAAAGCGCGGAGCUCAUAGGUAGAGCUAUUGCGAAUAAUCCUGCGUUCAUAGCGCUACGACGGAUUGAAGCUUCCAAAGAAAUCUCGAAAACCAUUGCAAAUUCAUCUAACAAGGUCUAUUUGGACUCGGAUAGGCUACUACUCGAUCUUUGAAGUCUUAAUUUUGCACAUAAAGGAAGACUUCUUUCAUGAGUUGCAAAAACACAAGAUUUUCAUAAGAUUUGAUCAAGACUUUAUAGUACUAUAUAGAUUUCAUUUAUUUCUAUGUUUA